AUGUUGAGAGAUAGUUUAGUCUCAUCGACAAGCUCUGCUGAUGAAGAAAAAAUGCUUUAAGAUUUAUAGCGCAAACAACAAAUGAAGAUUAUUCAAAAUAACUUUACUCUACUUAUUAUUCUGAAUAUUAUAAAUUUUCUACUCUUUCUCUUUUCCUUUAGCUUUUACAUGUGGUACAACUUGUAAAUGGAGUUGACAGAAAGCUCAAGUAAUGGAGAAAAAGGAUAAAAAACUUAACAGAGAGUUUGGUUAAACAUGCUUUAUGUAUUUGAUGAAUAGGGUUAAGAUGGUUAGCAUUAUUUAACAUUUUAAACAUACAAAGACAGCGAUAUUUUUAUUUGCAAGAAAUUCACUGAUCAAUAAGAUUUCUGUGAAAAUAAAAUAUCUUAAAUGCAACUUAUUGGCUACAUUUCCUUUGGAGCUUUAUUCAUCGGAGUUAUUUUACAGUGUGUUGAUUUAUACAGAUUAAUCAAACUUAGAGCUUCUCAUGGCAAUAGGUCAGGUAUAAAAGCAUUUUGGCUCCAUCCUACAAUUAUUAUAUUCUAUAUAUCUGGAUUCUCCCUUUAUUUUAUAGUCGUGCUUUACAAUUAAAUAGCCAACUCAGAAAUGUCCUUCAACCUGGGAAGCUUUGGAGCUUCGUUUUGGAUUGGAAUUGCUUCGAUUCCUAUUUACAUUGUCCUUACGAUUUAUUAUCGCAAGACUAAAAAUAAACUUAAAUCCUCUGAAUUAGUUAACAAUCUCAUUUAAAAAAUUGAUGUAUUUGAGCAAACCCAAAAAGAAAAAAAGAAGAUGAAUAUCAAUUCAAAUACUGCAAAUUAAUCAAUGUCCAGCAAUUAAAAACCAGAACCUCCCUUUUGA